AAAUAGUAAAGAGUGAAGAGAUUAUUGACAUUGACCCCACAGAAGGAAUAAAACAGGGUGUGUUAGAGCUGUGAAGGAUACAUUUGAGCACCUUGAUGUUAUUAUAAUUAUGAUUAGAAAGAAAGGUAGGUAGCUAGCAAGGUCUAAGCAGAAGAGACAUUACAAUACAUAAUUACAUAUUGUUUCCAUCGAGAAAGAGAGAGAGAGAGAGAGAGAGAGAAAGAGAUCAUGAGCAGAAGCAGAAGCUUGUUUCCAUCGAGAAGUAGAAGUGGAAAUGGGUCACUCCCUGUAUCCUCAGAUGAUGCAGUCGCAGCAAAAGGAGGUCUUAUCCGCCGACGCAUAUCAAAUCCCUCCUUCAACAUCAACACCACAGAUGUCUCUCAUUUCCUAAAUAAUUGGUCCACUUUUCCCAGAUCCAACUCCUCAUUCUCGUUCUCAUUCUCAUCCAUGUGUGAUUCUGCCAGGAAAUGGUGGGCCUGGAGCUGGGCCUGGAUCCUGUCAAGGAAGCCCAUAUUUGCCACAGAUCUGGAAAUGAACGAACUGGAAAUCAAACUGCUGGCUUCACGCGACAGAGGCAGUUGGAAACAUGUUUUCUACAGGAUGCGCUCUGAGAUCAGAAAAAUCACUAAUUCUCAUCAUUGCACUCCUCUUCCUCAAACCUACACUCCACAAUCCACAUCAUAGAUCCAUCGUUCAAUAUAUAAUAGUAUAUACAAUCUUUCCAAUAAUUUCUUUACUCUACUCGAUUCCCUUGCAAUCUUUUGUUCAUUGCUUCUGCAAUCCUUCAAAUUCUCUUGUAUUUUAUGUACAAUUAAUUAUUUCAUUCUUCAUGUUUAUUCAUUCAUUGUUGCCUUCUCACCAACGCUACCUUAUUGCAUUAUAAUUAAAUGAAUGAAUGAAUGAUAUUGUUUCUA